AUGGUGACCUUUAGGCAGCUGGAGAUCUUGUUUGGGUUCAACUAUGGAGAGGGUACCAAGUGGAACUUCAAGGAAAAGGAACUCCAAAGGGUUUGGGCUACAAUCGCUGAUGGAGUGUACUCUUCCUCAAGGUCCAAGGCAGCUCAGAUCAGGAGCCCAGUCUUGAGAUAUGUGCACAAGGCACUUGCCAACACCUUCUUUGCAAGGAAGGCGACCGGGACAAUCAACGAGGGGGAACUCAAGUUUCUUGACAUGGGAAUCAAGCCCUUCUCUCACGCACAAGCGAUGGCAAGAGGAUCAGGGGAGAUAGAUCUGACACAGGGAACUUGA